AUGCCUUUCGGUCACCACCACCCGCAGAACGCGCAGAACAGCCCUGCCCAGGGUAUCUUUGCGGCGGCCGCGCAGCUUGGUUCCAUUGGAGCACCAGGGGGCAAUCUGCGGACUGCAACUCAAGGCACAACUUCGGCGGGUACUGAUGCCUUCAUGCCUGGAGGCGGUGGUGGGAAUGCCCUUCAGGCGCCCAACGAAUAUCCCGCAACAGCACCACCAGCCGCUGGCGGACUUCCUCCGCCGCAGGCCUCGCGAAGAGCUCUCCCAGCACAAGAUCGCGCUCCGCAUGAAGAACUCCAUAUCUCGACGGCCAUGCCUUCUUCAGCCUCGGCCCAGCAACAGCAGCAGCAGCAGGCCGCAAUGUACCAUUCGCCCGACCACUACGCCGCGCCGCCCGAUAUAAAUGUCAGCAAAGCGACGCCUCAGAGCAACCAAUAUGGCACGCCUUCGGUCCCUGGCAGUCUGCAGCCCGCUGGAGGCGCAACCCAGCAGCAGCGUCCAGCGCCUUCCAGCGCCUAUACCGCGCCCGUCGUGCCUACUCAGACGCAAAUAGCGAGCAAUGCGCAGCAAUACACCCUCCCGACGCGCUCCAACACGCUGGGCCAAUCACAGCAUUCUCCCCACUCGUCGCAUUCCUAUUCUCGCUCCAGUCCAGCCGGCCUAGGACCCGAGCAGAAGUACAUUCCCUUUUCAAAUACGCCUGAACAGUCAAAGUACGCUGCUGGCACGCCUGCGCAGAAAUACUACCCGCCGACUCCAUCGGGGGCAGCAUCUCAUUCCCCACUGGGCCUGGCCGAUAUCAGACCACGAGCCAACUCCAACAUGGAUCAGGAGGGCAUGGGGCAUGGGAACACCCAAGCCAGCGACCAGAGCAAAGUAGCCUCUAACAGCAACUACUUGGCGCCAUGGAGCAUAUACGCAUACGACUGGUGUAAAUGGAGCGUCCCUGGUGGGAACAGCGCUGGCAAGAUGGCUAUUGGAAGCUAUCUAGAGGACAACCAUAACUUCAUUCGCAUUCUCGAUACGCAAAUAGCACCUCAAGAAGGAGCUGCUCCUGGUGCCUCUCCCUACGGCCUCGAGUACAACGCCAUCGCCGAAGCCACAUGCUCCUUUCCUGUAACGCGAAUUCUAUGGGAGCCACCGUCAUCCCAGAAGCAGUCCACCGAUCUGCUUGCGACGUCGGGUGACCAUUUACGGUUAUGGUCACUUCCGCAGUCUUCAGGCAAUACUACCAGCAACACGAUAACGCGCUCGUCGUCGGUCAAUACGCGCGAGCCCCAGCUGCCCAAGCUCACUCCGCUCGCCCUUCUCUCCAAUUCCAAAACACCUGAGCACACAGCCCCACUCACCUCGCUCGACUGGAACACCAUGUCCCCUAAGCUCAUCAUCACCUCCAGCAUAGAUACCACAUGCACAAUAUGGGACAUACCAUCUCUCACGGCCAAGACGCAGCUGAUUGCACACGACAAGGAGGUCUUUGAUGUGCGCUUUUGCGCAGGAAGCGUUGAUGUUUUCGUCAGCUGCGGCGCCGAUGGCAGUGUGCGCAUGUUCGACCUUCGCAGCUUGGAACACAGCACCAUCAUCUACGAGCCCUCGGACAAGAAUGGUGAUAGAGACAAGGGCUCACCAACGGGCCGCAUGUCUCCUACCAAGGCGCAACAAACCAUGUCGUAUGCGCCUCCCCUUCUACGUCUCGCUGCAUCACCACACGACUCUCAUCUCCUCGCUACUUUCGCAGCCGAUUCAAACGUCAUCCGCAUUUUGGACGUGCGGCAACCCGGCCAAGCGCUCCUCGAACUCCGCGGCCACUCUUCCUCCGUGAAUAGCAUAGAAUGGAAUCCCUCCCGAAGAGGCAUGCUUGCCUCUGGCGGCGACGAUUCGCUUGUCCUCAUAUGGGAUCUUCUACACGCCAACAACGGCGCGGUGAUCAGUGGAGAGCAUGCCUCGACACAACCUACCACACCAGCUGCCCCUCCACCCACAAACGGUGGUGCCGGCGCCCAGAACGUGCCAGUAGGCCAGAAAGGACCGUAUGCCAGCUGGAGAUGUGACUACGAGGUGGGCAACAUCAGCUGGGCACCUCAAAGCGCCCUGACAGGCCAAGGCGGAGAAUGGGUUGGUGUAGCUGGUGGACGCGGGGUUUGGGGCGUCAAGUUAUGA